AUGAAAUGUGUCGCCGAUCAGGUUGUGGAAGAUGGUGCCGCUUAUGAGGACGAAGAGGAGUUAUUCUUCCAAGACAUUGACCUCCUACAGAAACAUGGAAUUAAUGUGGCAGACAUCAAAAAGCUGAAGUCUAUGGGUAUUUGCACAGUGAAGGGGAUCCAGAUGACCACUCGCAAAGCUCUGUGCAACAUCAAGGGCCUUUCAGAGGCCAAGGUCGAAAAGAUCAAAGAAGCUGCUGGAAAACUGCUGACCAAUGGUUUCCAGACCGCCUUUGAGUACAGCGCCAAGAGAAAGCAAGUGUUUCACAUCACCACCGGGAGCCAGGAGUUUGAUAAACUAAUGGGUGGAGGAAUAGAAAGCAUGGCCAUCACAGAGGCAUUUGGAGAGUUCCGGACAGGGAAAACCCAGAUUUCCCACACACUUUGUGUCACAGCUCAGCUUCCUGGGGAGGAUGGCUACUCGGGAGGGAAGGUCAUCUUCAUCGACACAGAGAACACCUUUCGUCCAGACAGGCUGAAGGACAUUGCGGACAGGUUUAAUUUGGACCAUGAUGCUGUCCUGGAAAAUGUGCUCUAUGCCCGGGCCUAUACCAGCGAACACCAGAUGGAGUUAUUGGACUUUGUUGCAGCCAAAUUCCACGAGGAAGGAGGAGUCUUCAAACUAAUGAUCAUUGACUCCAUCAUGGCUCUGUUCCGAGUGGACUUCUCUGGUCGAGGAGAACUGGCUGAGCGGCAGCAAAAACUGGCCCAGAUGCUGUCCAGGCUACAGAAGAUCUCUGAAGAGUAUAACGUGGCUGUAUUCAUCACCAACCAGAUGACGGCUGAUCCGGGCGCAGGAAUGACGUUUCAAGCUGACCCGAAAAAGCCAAUUGGAGGCCACAUCCUGGCCCACGCCUCCACCACACGGAUAAGUUUGAGGAAGGGACGUGGAGAAAUGAGAAUUGCCAAGAUAUUUGAUAGUCCUGAUAUGCCGGAGAAUGAAGCGACAUUUGCCAUCACUGCUGGAGGUGUUGACGAUGCCAAAGAGUGAAGAAGCUACUUUUAAG